AUGUUCAGAGCGUCCUUGAGAGCUUUACCACUCAAAUCUGUUCGUUCCAUUCGUGCUACCAGAGAAAGUGAAGGAGCCCGAAUAGCUUCAUUGGAUACGUUUUCAGAAGAGGAGAUGAUGAUCAGAGAGACCGUGCAACGUUUUGCGGAUGAUGUUGUACGACCUAAAGUCAGGGAAAUGGACGAAAAUGAGCAGAUGGAUCCUUCCAUUAUCAGCGGCUUGUUCGAGCAAGGACUUAUGGGUAUUGAGACACCUGCCGACCGCGGAGGCUCUGAAUCUUCCUUCACGUCAGCAAUCAUCGCCAUCGAAGAACUAGCCAAAGUUGAUCCCUCUGUCUCUGUUUUGUGUGAUGUUCACAAUACUCUUGUUAACACUGUGUUGCGAAAAUACGGUUCGGAAGAACAGAAAAACAAGUGGCUACCACAACUGUCUGAGUCAAAGCUGGGAUCCUUCUGCCUAUCUGAAUCUGCCUCUGGCUCAGAUGCUUUUGCUCUGAAGACUCGCGCGAAAAAAGAUGGAGACAAUUAUAUUAUCAACGGUGCCAAAAUGUGGAUCACAAACUCGUAUGAGGCCGAAAUCUUCCUCGUAUUCGCUAACGUUGACCCAACAAAGGGAUACAAGGGAAUAACUUGUUUCAUCGCUACAAAGGACAUGGGCAUCGAAAUCGCGAAGAAGGAACAGAAAUUGGGAAUCAGGGCUUCCUCGACGUGCACACUUAGCUUUGACGAUGUCAAGAUACCGGCUGAAAACAUCAUUGGCGGAGAAGGUAACGGGUACAAGAUUGCUAUUGAGAUCCUUAACGAAGGUCGCAUUGGGAUCGCUGCCCAAAUGCUUGGCCUUGCACAGGGCGCUUUUGCAUUGUCGGUUCCCUAUACCUACACACGCUCGCAGUUUGGGCAACCCAUUGGAACCUUCCAGGGCAUGGGCUUCCAGUUUGCGGAAGCUGCCACGCAGAUCGAGACCGCCCGCCUGCUGACAUAUAAUGCAGCGCGGAGAAAGGAGAUGGGCUUGAGUUUCGUCAAGGAGGCGGCGAUGGCGAAGUGGUGGGCGAGUAAGGUCGCUGAGAGUGUUAGUGGGAAGGCGAUAGAGUGGAUGGGUGGAGUUGGGUUUACACGUGAGACUGGGGUGGAGAAGUACUGGCGGGAUUCGAAAAUCGGCGCGAUUUACGAAGGGACGUCGAACAUUCAGUUGCAGACUAUUGCGAAAUUCAUCCAGAAAGAAUAUGGGUCUUAA